AUGGCCGCCAAACUCAACAGAUUUUCAAAUCGAGAACUCAUGGAUAGAUUUUUCAACCGCAAAGUUGAAAGUGAAGUUGCCGAAGAAAAACGGGAUUCAGAAAAAAAAGAUCAGAGAGGUAUAUUUCUUCAUAUUCAAAAAAAAUUUCAAUGUAUUUGCAGCAUUAUACUAUGCGAUUGUUAGGAAUAUACCUCACGAAGCAAAGUCAAAGGAUCUUCGUAGUUAUUUUUCGAGUUUCACAGAGAAUGGGAAGCUAGCUUGUUUUCACUUCCGUCAUAGACCAGAAUUACAAGCAGAGGUUAGUGAUAAUUAGUUUUUAUGAAGCUUUGGUUAAGAUUUUCGAUUAAGAGUACUUCCAAAGACGCUACAAAUAAAAAGACAUGUUGUUGCAUGGUCAGUUUUCAAAGCAUCGAGACUCGGUUUGUUUUUUUUUUUUGCUUUUAAUUCUCCAUUUAUAGUGAGGAUUUCAUCCAAGAGUUUAACAAGAGGCAUUGGCUCAAUGCGGCCGGAAUGGAAAUCACCCGAAGAUGUUUCAUCGAUCGAGUUUUAGUUCGAAAAGUGAGAAAAAAACAAGUUUUUGUUUUUGAAUAUCUGUUUAUAGGACGAUGAAGCGGGUUCUUCCAGUUCAAUGAAAGAAUCGGAUAUCCAUUCAAUGAUUGAACUGAAGCCACCUAGUGUUAUGCCGAAUGGGAAUGUAGGGACACCAAGCGAAUAUUUUCUUGAGCAGGUUCAACUAAAUUAUUUCAUUCUUUUUUUUUAAAAGAAUUCUUUGAAGAUCCGUCUUUGUAAACUUCCUUCAAGUCUCAUACCCAAGCUUGGUCUUCAAAUUAAAAGAAGAAAGAGAAAAUUUGAAUCGGUCCCUUUCAAAUACGAGCAAAAAGGCGUUGAUAGGACAUCUGAUUCAGCACCAGAUGACUCACUAAGACGUAAGGACUUUGAAAAGGAAAGAAAUAAAGCAGAAUCAUCAAUUCAAGACGAGGUAACUUUACAAAUCUAUUUUCCAUUCGGGAAAAAUUUUUGAAGCCCACUCCCGACGAUCCAACAGAAAAGCACGUUCUUCAAAGCUCCGGGGACAACGAAGACGGCGCAGACGACGACGACGAUCAGUGCGAAGAAUGGGAGAGGUUGGCUUUCAAACGGAAAUUCGGAAAGGCCUUUUGUAGAUUCUUGAAUACGAGGAAAAAAGUCUAUUACUGACUUCAUUUAUUUGUAUUUUAUUUCGAAGGAUUUCUAUAAGGCGAAGAAAUGACUCACGAGAAAAUAUCAAAGGAGCUGUCAAAAAAACUUCUUGAAAAUAAUUUUUAGGCAACGUUUUUUCUUCAAUUUCCCAUACAAACUGUUUCUGGCGUCUCAAUUAAGAAGCAAUUGUUCGAGGAUUAUUUAACUGAAUUGAAGUUAUUGAUUUUUUUUUAUCAUUCAUAUAUAAAAAUAUUGAUUAUUGAAGAUCAAUGAAUUGUACUGAAAAUGGCGUUCAUAUAACUCGUUAAGAUUUUUUUUUCCAUUUAUUUUCGUUUUCAGCCGAUAGGUUAAGCGUUGAUUCGCUCUCACUAGGGAAUGGUCUCCAUUCGCAGUGGGACUUCUGAAUGAGACUAGGUUCACUAGAUGUAGUUUUUCACGCUGAUUCCAAAUCUGGUCUCAAAAACUGCCCUCGAGACCUGUGAAAAAAGUUAGGGGCUCUUAAAGUCGAAAAAUUUGAUGUCUCCGAUUGAACUCAUUUUUGGAGGGUGUAUAGAUCUUGUCCCUCUGGUUACGAAAAACCAUCGAAUUUUUCUCAAAAAAAAUUUCGGAGCCCAGAUAUGAACUUUCAAAGCCCCUCCUCGCUGCCGUUGCUUCGACAGCCGUCGGAUCGCGAUAGGACACCGCGCUCGCAUGCUUUUGUGUUAGGCGGGGCUUUGAAAGUUCAUAUCUGGGCUCCGAAAUUUUUUUGAGAAAAAUUCGUUGGUUUUUCGUAACCAGAGGGACAAGAUCUAUAUACCCUCCAAAAAUGAGCUCAAUCGGAGACAUCAAAUUUUUCGACUUUGAGAGCCCCUAACUUUUUUCACAGGUCUCGAUGGCAGUUUUUGAGACCAGAUUUGGAAUCAGCGUGAAAAACUACAUUUAGUGAACCUAGUCUCAUUCAGAAGUCCCACUGCGAAUGGAGACCAUUCCCUAGUCAGUGCACUAAAGUUACUACUAGGGGGAGUUUAUAAAUUACAGAAACAUCCUUCUGGCUUCGCCAGAUGGCUUUUUAAUUCCUACGAACCUGCUUUUCAGACACGAAGCCCUUCACGACGACGUCACCGAGCAAGACAGAACCAAGCCGAAGAAAUACGAAGAGGAAAUGGAAAUCGUGUGGGAGAAGGGAGGUCCGGGACUUGUUUGGUACACAGACAAGAACUACUGGGACGAGAGAGAGAAAGGUGCGAAUUCCACGCUUUUAACGAUUUACUGGGAACGUAAUAAGUUUUGAGGGGAACGGCUGGGAACCUUGUCAUGUUAUGCAUAGUUAUUCCUUUUUUCUCGAAUUUUAUUAGAAAUAAAAACAGUAAUUUCAGGGACCGACUGUGAUUGGGCGUGGGCGGAUGAUUGGGACGUCGAUUACUCCGUUUAUUACGAAGGAAAGUCAGCCGCCGAGCUGGACGCUCGUCAUGCGGUUGAGAUUCGAGAAGAUCAGGAAUUUCGGUGUGUAUCUUCACUUGAAUUCAGCGAAAGUCAGGAAAAAAACAAUGUUGGGAGAUUAGAUUUUUUUUUUUUUGCUAAAAAUCGAGAAGUAAAAGCUCCUAAUUUUAUUCAAUUUGCUUUUUCUUUCUUAAAAACAUUAAUCUAUGAAAAAUUACAAUUCUUACUAGGGAACGUUUUUUUAACUCCCCGGUCGAACUUUUUUGCCGAAACUUCGCUGAAGUGUACUUUCGGAACUCCUGAUUGCAGAACAAAAAAAAAAUUUCUUGCAAUAGACUUCUUUCCGAGAGAGGACGCUUCAAAAGCUCAAAGUACCGUUUUUUUUUAAAUCAGAAUUUCCGUAUUUUGCAGACUUUGAAGCUCCAUAACUCGGAAACAAGAUCUAUUGCGAGAAAUUUUUUUCUGGUUCUGCAAUCAGAAAAAACGUUCCGUGGUUAAUAGCUUUUUUGUUUAUUUUUUUUUUUUUGGAACAGUGAAUUUAAUUUGUAUAAAAACAAUCCGAAUCGAAUUUUUUUUUUUUUCGAUCAAAAAAUUGAAGAAUAUUUAGUUUCUUCAUCACUUUUGACAUUAUUCUGCUUCGUGAUGCUUCCCAAUUAUUUCAUUUUUCAUUGAGCGUUUGCAAGGUUUGUUACUGUUUGAAGUGUUUGAAAAGGCUCUAAUUUGCUCUAUUUUUAGCGCCUUGUUAUGGGGUCUUUGACACCCCUUUACACCUUGUUAGCGCAUUUUCGAAAAUCAUAUUAAUUUUCAUGUCUUGAUCAACAUUUUCGAAACUUCUUUCAGAUCAUCAUUAUCUUAUGACGCUAUAAAUGAAAAUUUUUGAAAGAGGAAUAUGGCGAUUCUCAAUGGAACCUGAACCGUUAAAAAUGAUUUUCAGACCAAAGCUUCUCAAGGAUUUGUAGAACUUCGGUUAGGCGAAUUUUUAAGGAAAUUCGAUUCAUUUUAUAAUUAUUAGAAAGGUAAAAAAACUUUUUUCAGAGAUGGAAAACGAGAAAUGUCGGUAUUUACUCGGAAGUUGGCGAAUCAUCCAUUGAAAAUUGGGAUGCCGAGAAAAAGAAGAAGUCUUUCAGACUCUGAAGACCUGAAAAACACGCCGGUUUACGGAUUUGGUGGAGACCUUUUUGAAGAGGUUUAUUUUUCAAAAAAAUUUGAUGAAAUUUUUCUCUUACAAAUUUUGGGGAGCAAAAGUGAAUGUAUUCUAAUACUCAAAUAUAAACUUCAGUUAAGAAAAAAACAAACUUCAUAAAAGUUUGCUUGCGUAAAUCCUUUUAUAUUCACUUUCUAUACCUUUUACACCUCUUUUACUGCUUCAAAACCCAACUUUUUCCAGGCUAGGAUGGAAACCUGGAACAGGUCUGGGACGACGAGAACAAGGAAAAGUUGAGCCAGUUUCCGUGCAAGUUGAAGAAGAAGGCCAAGCUGGUUACGAAAGAAGAGGUCUCGGUUACCGUGGAGAAAAGUUGCAAAGAUCUGGCUUCGAUAAACCGGCUCAGCGUCAUGCCAUUGGAUCGAAGUUUGCCUUUUUCCAUCUCCCACUGAGUAUGAUUAUUGAAACAGACUAUAAAUUCAUAUAAUUUUAGUCGAUGAUAAGGACUAAUUUUGAUUGAAAAAAAUUAAGAAAGUGGAAGUUCACAUAGAAAGUGGCUAUAUUGAAUCUAUUUUUUUCGCAGGUUCGAUGCUUCGUUCGACAAAGGAUCGUGUCACAAACCUACUGGAGAAAAUACAACAGAUGAAGUUCUUCUGCGACGUCAUGAACUAA